UACCGUGUUAUGGUGUAUUGUAAAUAGUAAUAUUUGAUCAGUCAGUGUUCUUUCGGACACGAUAGUGACCAGACGUGUACUCCGCGUUCCGUAAUUUAUCAAAUUAACCUUGACGCUAUUUUGACGACGGUUUGUGCGUUUAACGCGGCCCUACAGACGUACAUAUCCCAUAACAUGUCAGCAGCGGUGGACAGCCGCAGCCAGGCAACGGUGCUGCGGAGCCCUGAGGCUACUAACGGCGACAUCAAUGGCCAUGUUGAGAGUGGAGACAGGUGGGACGAGCUGUUCCUGCCUCCUCCUCUGAGGAUCGAAGACAGAUCUAGAGCACAGAAGAUCGAGGCUCGUCUGUCAGGGCUGAUCCUGGGCGGGCACACGCUGCGCCGCGUGGCGGAGACCUUCGAGCGGGAGAUGGAACUGGGACUUACCAGAAACCCCAAGAAACCCUCCAGUCUCCAGAUGGAGAACACUUUCGUGCCAGAACUACCCAAUGGGACAGAGGAAGGUAAAUUCUUGGCGUUGGACCUGGGCGGGACUAACUUCCGAGUGCUGCUGCUGGAAAUAGAAAACGGGAAACUCGUCAGGGAAGACGUGAAGCAGUACCACAUUAGUGACGAGCUGAGGCUGGCCCCAGGGGUGGACCUGUUCAACUUCCUCGCGGACUGCGUGCUGGACUUCGUGCGCUCCGAGGACAUGGAGGACGAGGAGAUACCCUUGGGUUUCACAUUCUCGUUCCCGAUGAAGCACACAUCGAUAACGUCCGGCCAGCUGAUCACGUGGACUAAGUCGUUCAAGUGCGGCGGCAUGGAGGGCGUAGACGUGGCCGGUCUGCUGCAACGCUGUCUGGACGACAGGAACCUCAAGGUUACGGUCCAGGUUCUCCUCAACGACACUACAGGCACUCUCGUCGCCGGCGCUUAUGAGGAUCCCACUGUUGGGAUGGCCGUGAUCCUGGGCACGGGCUCCAACGGCUGCUACAUGGAGCACGCGAGCCGCAUCACGCAGUGGGGCGGCGCGCAGCACGACCGAGUGCAUGAUGUGUGCGUAGACAUCGAGUGGGGAGCAUUCGGAGACAACGGUUGUUUGGACUUCAUGCGGACGGAGAUCGACCGCGAGGUCGACGCUCGCUCGUUGCUGCAAACCUCUUUCACGUUCGAGAAGUACAUCGGCGGCAAGUACCUGGGCGACGCGCUGAGCGUGUCGCUGGCAGCGCUGGCGCGCGCGCGGCUCUUCCCUGCCGCGCCCGCGCCCGCCGCGCUGCAAACCGCGCAGCUCAGCCUCUUCGAAGAAGAGAAUUGCGCGGGCCAGUUGACACAAACGAUAAAGGUUCUGGAGCAGGCCUGCGGGACUCCAAUCUCCGAAGCUGACGCGCAGGUGGCGCAGUACGUCGCUCAGGUCAUCUCCAACAGAGCGGCGCAGCUUGUCUCAGUUUGCAUAUCCACUUUACUACGACGCAUGGACCGGCCGUACCAGGCGGUGGCGGUGGACGGCUCCGUCUUCAAGAAGCACCCGCGGAUACGGAAGCUCAUGUACCGGUACAUCGGGCUUCUGGCGCCAGACCAUAAGUACUCUCUGCUGGCGGCCGAGGACGGCAGCGGCAAGGGCUCCGCGCUGACGGCCGCCAUCGCCGCGCGCAUCGCCGCGCGCUCCACGUAACACAGCACAUUUCUUGCCGAUGAUAGAUAUUUAGGGGUGAACUGUCAAUGAAAUUGUUCUGUAGAUUAAUCACUAGUCAACUAGUUAGCUAUUAUCAUAUGACAGAAUGAUUCUAUACCGAAAUAGAUCUGUCAGAAAUAUAAACGUAUAGUUUUCCUUUGAGAAUGGACUAAAUUCGGUAACAAAUGUAAGAAACUUUUUUACUCGAAUUUUUGGAGUAAUGCAACGUAGAGUUACUGAUUAGCUAUGAAAGACUCACUUUUUAUUGCCUUAUCAAUUGACUAUCAUAGGAAUAGACCUUAACCUAACCUCAAACUUAACCUACAAUUAUUAUUUUGUGGGCCAACGUCAAAGUGGCUGUGUUGUUUAGAUAUCAGGGUAAACAAUUGGUUAUGAAUUACAAUAAAUAAAAUUAGGGAUUAUCUUUUAUGCCAACUGUUUGACGACAGUGUGGAGCAGGCAUUAUGCUUUUAUGUAAAGAAAUGUUUCCCUAAAACUAAAUUGAAUGACAUUCUUGACUUGUCUGAUUUGUAGACAAUUCAGAUGCAUUUCUUGUGCGUGAAUGACUGAUGGAAUGUAUGUGAAAAACCGGAGGGAUUUGAUAUUUUCUGAAGAUGUAGAAGUGAAACUGUUAUUUAGUAUUGUAGGAACGAAACCGCGUUAUAUAGAAAAUAAUGUAUGCUGACUCGCUGGACGAGAGAUUAAUUUUAAAAUAUAGGUAAUCAAAAUGGUGUAUUUUAAUUAAGGGUAACGUAAAAUUGUAAGAAAAUAUAAUAUAUUUAGGAUUAUUCUGUAAUUUAUAUUGAUGCCAGAAACUAUAAACCUAUUUUCGAUACUGAAUAUACUAACUUAUACAUAUAUUUUCAUAUGGUAGAAAGAAAUGUUGUAUUGAAAAAGACAAAUAUAAAGUGUAAAAUUGUUGUACAUAGUGGUUAGUGACAGUACAUUCAGUUUAGUGAGAUUUGCAUUCUGUUUUGUGAUAUCCAUGUUCGAAACGAUAAUUACUUCCUCAUAAGUACAAUUUGUCUUUUACUAUAAGCCACAUAAUUGUUAGAUUACAGACUGGAUUCCUAAUCAUAAAAAUAUACAAAAUAUAAAUAUGUACAUUAUUAUAGUGCCAUACUGAUGUUAUUUGGCUGGUACCAACUAUGGUUCCGUUGGUCAUUAUAAUAUAGAUUAUUUAUUUAUUUAACGAAAAAAAGUAUUUCAACUUUAUCACAAGAAUUUAUGCAAUCUUGUUUGAUAGUGUUAUCACCACCGGGCCGAGGCGCGCAGUAACUGAUAUUAGUGCUGGGAAGCACAAGGUCUAAAUAGAGCACAGCCAGCGUCCAAAAUGUUUCUAACAAUGAAACUGUGGUAGAACUACUCAAAUGUAUAAAUAUAUUGUAAAGUUUGAUGCUGUAUGUGCGUUUUAACUUCAGAAUCGUUUUGUUUUAUUGUUAGAAGGGUUAAAAUUCAGCUUUAUUUUUCUACUUAUCUGUAGAAGUAACUGUUAUAGGUUAUAGAUUAAAUGUUGAUUACUUUUUAGUUACAAA